CGCUGGUUUCUGGAUUCAUGGUGACGCUAAAAUAGACCUGAUGAGAGAGUGCAGGAGCUCCAUCCUUCUCUCCCAAAGUCCUCCUCUCUUUUUAAUCAACCCCACCUUUGCCUUGGCUCCCCACCCCACUGAACAUGUCUGAUGACGACGUCGACCAUGAGCUCCUAGAUCUCCUGCGAAAGUCUCUGGGUAUCGGCCCUGCAGAUUCCUCUGCUCCCCCAGAAACAAAAGUCCUUCAAAAUGCCGAGUUUAUAUACGACAACAGCAUCGAUGUUGCUCUCGACAUGCGUCACACAAAGCUAGCGGCAAUCGAAAUCCUCAAGCAAAUGCAAGAGCGCGGAUACAGCACCAAAACAUGGUCAGAACAUCCCUUACAUCCCAAGGCCAAAGACGAAAACACCGUCAAUUUUAUCUUCACUAUGGACCUUUUAAACUUUAGCUUCUGGAGUGAGAAGAGCGAAGAUGAGAGAUUCACCGUCAGUUAUCAGGACAAGAGGUGGACAGGGUACUGGAGUUUAGUAGCGGCGCUGCAACGAGGGUUAGAUGAGGAGAUUUCGAUUACAUCGCCUUCGUUCUGGAUUAACGAGGAGGAGUGCACCGAGGAGGUUCUACGCAAAGUUUUCCGGUCAGAAACGGAUGAAGAGAUUCCCAUGUUUCAGGAGCGGAUACGGUGUCUCCGAGAAGCAGGGCAGAUUCUAGAAGAAGAAUUCGACAGCAGUAUUAUCACGCUCAUUGAAGACGCAAAGCACUCAGCGGCUGGCUUAGUAAAUCUUUUAGCUGAGCGAUUUCCCUGCUUCAGGGAUGAGGGGAAAUUUGAGGGCAAGAAAGUCCGAUUUCUGAAACGUGCUCAGAUUUUCGUGGCAGAUGUAUGGGCUGCAUUUGAGGGGGAGGGAUAUGGGGAGUUUAACGACAUCGAUAAAAUCACAAUGUUUGCAGAUUACCGCGUCCCACAAAUGCUCUAUUCCUUGGGCUGCAUAUCGUUCUGUCCACCGCUCGACAGUCGCAUCCGACGUCACGAUCCAAUUGAAUCCGGGCACUCGUGGGAAUUGCAGAUCCGGGGCUGCAGUAUCUGGGCCAUCGAGCUUCUUCGUCGUGAAAUUGUCAAAUUGCAACCAGAUGCAAAAAUUAACGCAAUCUUGAUCGAUUUUUUCUUGUACGAUCUAGCGAAGGAGAGAGAGCAGGCUGAGGAAGAGGCGAUUCCACAUCAUCGCACGAGGAGUAUUUGGUAUUGAGGUUGAGAGGGG